AUGCUAAAACGUAGCCUACACGAGGAUUCACCGGACGAGCGGCCAUCCAAACGAACACGACAGCCAGAUCGCCUUUCCUCGCUCAGUGAUGAACUGCUCCUCCAUGUUCUGAGCUUUCUUCCUAUCCCAUCUCUAAUAACUUGUCAGAGGUUCGCCGCGCUCGCAGGAGACUCGGAAUUAUGGAAGCGCAAAUACUAUUCCCGCUGGGUAUGGCCGAGGGCCAGGCGGAUACGGCAGGUCAGACAGGGAACCACCGUUAAGGGGCCGCUCGAAUACUCACCCCGUGUAUCGAGCUGGUUUAGCCACGGCCCGUUGACACAAGUAGGCGAUGACAGGAAUUGGAAGGGCCAGUAUCGACUUCAGCAUAAUUGGUCCAGAGGCUCAUGUCGUGUUACUGAGGUAGAAGUGGCCCAGCAUCUGCUCACGCCUGUGGUUGUGAAGUUGGAGCAUGGGGUUGUUUUCACAGCGGACAUGGAAAAUGGACUACGAGCUUGGUCGAUUAAAGAUACAAAAACGUGUCUUGCAACCGUAUCGUUUACGGAUGUAGGGGUUGGGGGUCACGGUUGUCCCGGAGUGCCUACCGCGAUUGAAGUGACUACAACUGAGCGGAACCAAGGUAGUUUUGACGUUACAGUCGGUUUUGGAAACGGCGGCAUAGCCGUUUAUUCCUUUUCCUCCUGUCCUAACGGAGAGUCAUUUGAACUCCAGCUCUGGCGUGUGGAUUUGGCAGACUCGGCCGUAACAGCCCUGGCAUCUCAUAAGGACUUCCUACUUAUCCUAUCAGAGGAUAAGGUCCUUUACCUCUAUCAGCUAUGUCGGGACAGUUUCGGUAUGGGCCCGAAUGGAAAGGAGGAGGAGAAAAACAAGAAGCAGUCGAUACGGCUGAUAGCGUCGCUUGUAGCGAACAACAUCCAGCCACCGUUUUCUCUCUCCAUCCGGACCACGCGUACUCACGCUAUUGCGUCAGUCAGCUAUACCUUUCCGCGGAUAGGUUGUGGGUGGUCUGUCGGAAUACAGGAGCUCUACUGGAACAAGGAGGGCGGUGACCUGACAUCUCGACUGGCGACGACUGUGGAUUCCCAGUACAUAGGAAACGUCCUGACGGAACAGACCAGACAGCCGGCACUAGGCUCAUCUGGCCCAGUCUUCUCGACGGCUCCCUCGCUAUCUUACACCCAACCGCCCACUUCACUGUCCUACUCCCACCCAUAUCUUCUCGCAUCACAUGCAGACAACACCCUGACGAUGUACCUGGUUGUCUCGACGGUCGAUAACCUAUCUAUCAAAACCGGCCGUCGACUCUGGGGCCAUACAUCUGCCGUCUCUGGCGUACAGGUGAGCUCGCGGGGCAAGGCCGUGUCGGUGAGCACGAAGGGAGAUGAAAUUCGCAUCUGGGAGCUUGAAGAAAUGAUAUCCUCUCGUCCGGCAUCGAAGACGGCGCUUCUCGGGGACAGAAGCGUCCAGCUCAGUCCAGAGCCUCGAAGAUCAAGAACCAACCCGUUCAGCGUCCUAUCUCGAGCAGUGAAGAGACAGGUUGCCGCCAUGGAAGGUGUCAAAGGUAUCUCCUCGGAGAUAACUCUCUCCUGCAUCAAGGGGCCGGUCGAGUUCGACGACGAGCAGGUGGUGGUUCUUCGUGAGCAGAGCAUUGGCACACAAUUACUCGGCUGCUACGACUUUACAUAG